AUGAAUGACAGUAAGAGAGUCAACUAAUAAGUUUUUAGAAAUUUGUCACUUUUAGGUAAAGAGUUUACUGUAACAAAGGAAUUAGUAUAUUCGUCAUAAUUAAUGUAUCAAACACUUUGGUUGACUAUUUUCGCAAUGCAAUUUUUGCUUUAGGAGUGUUAUUAAUAAUUAUACAUAAAUAAUUAAAAAACAAAAAGGAAAUUUUUAAUCAUUAUUUUUCAAAUACAACCAAAUCUUAAAGUCCUAGAUAAUUAGAAAAUUAAGGUAUUAUGCUUUUUGAUAAAAAAAAUUUGAAUUGCAUAUAUAUGAAUGAAUACAUAAAGAAAAAACUGAAUAACAAAUCUUUAAAAGUUAAAAAAGUUGACUUUUCAAGCAAAUAAUAGUUGGACUUUAAGUUUAAAAAUAUUGAAUUAAUAGAAUUACUAAAUCAAUUUAAAUUAAAAAAAAUAGGUUAAAUGCAGAUAUUAGAUAGUGACUUAUUGCCAGAUCAUAUUAUUUAGAUUAAUUAAGAAGAGAAUAACGAUUUGAUUAAUAUCACUUUUUAUGAUAGUAAAGAGAGAGAUGAUUAUCUUAAAAGACAAUAUUUAUAUUAAAUAAUGAAAUAAUUAUUUACAACAAUCUCUCAUGAAUUUGGAACACUUUUAAAUUUCAUUUUGGCUAUUGCAUAAGUUGCUAUUGACAAAUAUCCAUCUCAAUAGUACUAUUAUUCAAUAAAAAACACUUGUGAAAUUAUGCAUAACUUUAUAUUAGAUAUGGUAGAUUACAAUGAUAUUCUUGGUAGAUAAUUCAAAUUAUAAUUGGAAUAAUUAGAUAUUUCUAAUAUUCUUGAAUCUGUAACAACUUUGUUUCAAGAAUAAUGCAAAUAAAAGUAAUUAUAAUUAGAAUAUUUAAAUCACAUACCAGAUGGUUAAUAAAUUAUAUCAGAUUAAAGGAGAAUCAAAUAAAUCUUAAUUCAUUUAAUAUCUAAUGCUUAAAAGUUUACAAUAAAUGGUUCCAUUAUAAUUUCUGCAAUUUAAUUAAACGAAGAAAAUAUAGAGUUCUCUGUUACUGAUACAGGAAUAGGAAUGAGUAAAGAUGAUGAAAUUAAUUUAAGGGAAAUGUUAAAGUAAGAUUUUAAGAGUGAACAACAUAUAUCUGCAAAUACAGCAGGAUUUGGGUUAGGAUGCUAUCUAGCUAAUAAAUUAUGUUUACAUUUAUCAAAUUAGCAAAAUGGUUUAUAGUUUAAAAUUAAUGAAGUAGGAACAACUUUUUGGUUUAUGGUAUCUAAUAAUAUUUUGCCAACUUCUAGUUUGAAUGGAUUAGGAAUCUAAAAAAUAAAUAAGUAUUCUUAUAUUGAUUUAAAAUAAACUUAAAUUGAGAAAAAUGUUGGAAGAAGAUUAAGUAGGAUGGGUAGUAGAGUAUCCUAAAAUUCAAUGCCAAAAGUAUUAUCUUAUAGAGGAUUAAUUGAUCAAAUCAAAGAAAAUACUGAAAGUCUAAUUAAUGAGGAAGUCAAUUCAAUUGAAAGGAAAGCAAGGACUACAACAUUGAAUAGAAACAUUAAGCAGACUUUGAAAUUUUUAAUAGUAGACGAUGAAAUGAUCAACAUUAUAGGAUUAUCACUAAUAUUAAAGAGGAUGGAUAUUGAAACUGAUUAUGUUUUCAAUGGAAUUGAAUGUUUGAAAAAAGUACAAGAAAAUAGAUAUGCUUAUUAAGGGAUUUUUAUGGAUAUUAAUAUGCCCUUAAUGAAUGGAUAUGAAACAAGUAGAAAUUUAAUAUCUCUUUAUGGUAAUCAAAUUAAAAUAAUUGCCUGUACUGCUUAUACAGAUAGUGAUACUAAAUAACGGUGUUAUGAUAUAGGAAUGAGCUAUUUCUUGAAUAAACCAGUGAAUGUAAUAGAAUUAUAAAAAAUACUUAUUUAAUUUUAACAAUGA